AUGUGUUGUUCCCGCCGUAUAUGUCACGUACAAGUCAACUCUCGAAAAUCUUCCGAAUGUCGUUUACUAUCCUGGUGGUGCUGGAAUUUGGGGUUCCUAUGCCAUCUUAAACAUUCUGCUGUUUACUAUAUUGGAAAUUGGGUCGCUUUUGUACUUGAAACGCAAGUGUCUCAGGUCCAAUCAAUGCUGGUAUUCUCGUUGAUUCUUCUUCUAUCGUACGAGCUCGCUCAUAACGGAGUUGACUUUACUUUUCAAUUCAAUUGGAUCCGAUAA